AUGAGCCAGCACAUUCACACUGGAGAAAAACCGUAUCCGCGCUCACAGUAUGAGAGGAGUUUUAAUCAACAGAGUCAUCUCAAUCAACACCAGCGCGUUCACACUGGAGAUAAACCGUAUCAGUGCUCACAGUGUGGGAAGAGCUUCGGGUUCCUGAGUGAUCUCAAAAUACACCAGCGCAUUCACACUGGAGAGAAGCCGUAUCAGUGCUCACAGUGUGGGAAGAGCUUCAGGUUCCUGAGUGCUCUCAAGAUACACCAGUGCAUUCACACUGGAGAGAAACCGUAUCAGUGCUCACAGUGUGGGAAGAGCUUCGGGUUCCUGAGUGAUCUCAAAAUACACCAGCGCAUUCACACUGGAGAGAAGCCGUAUCAGUGCUCACAGUGUGGGAAGAGUUUUAAUACACAGAAGGAUCUCAAAAUCCACCAGCGCAUUCACACUGGAGAGAAGCCGUAUCAGUGCUCACAGUGUGGGAAGAGUUUUAAUAAACAGAGUAAUCUCAAAGAACACCAGCGCAUUCACACUGGAGAAAAACCGUAUCUCUGCUUACAUUGUGGAAAGAGUUUUAAUUCGCAGAAGGAUCUCAAAAAAUACCAACGUAUUUACACUGGAGAGAAACCAUAUCAGUGCUCACAGUGUGGAAAGAGUUUUAAUCUACAAAAAUAAGUAAUCUAAAAAAAAACACCAGCGCAUUCAAACUGGAGAGAAACCAUAUUAGUGCUCACAGUGUGGUAAGAGAUGCUUUGUAAAAAAAAGUGUUUGUGAAUGAGGAAGUCUGUGAAAGUGAGUGAGCUGAGUGAGUGGGACGGUUAGUGAGUGACGUCUUCAUAUGAACUGACGCUCUAUUCAGCUAAAUGUGGUGGUAAAGUAAGCCAGGACUUUUUGUCUUCUCUGCCCCCUAAGGAACUGAAUUUAAGAUAAGAUAAGAUAAGAUAGCCUUUUAUUAUCCCACAGGGGGAAAUUUGUAGUGUUACAGCAGCUUUCA